UCACUCCUUUGGCCAGUCACGGGCCAAAACCAGUGUUUGGAGCCACAGUGUGGCGGUGGUGGAGGCAGCAGCAAUGGGAGGCCAUACAGCAACCUAUGACAAAAUGGAAACCAGCAGGAGCGUGAGGAGACCUGAAAGUGGCACAUGGCAGAGUGGGAGCAAUGGGAGGCGGUACAGGGACCCAGGUCACACUGUGGGCCCAGCAGCAGCGUGACCAGGCGGUACGGGGGCCCAUGGCCGAUAUGGGGCUUGGUGGCACCUAUGGAAGGCCUGUAAUCUGCCAGCAACCUAUGACAAAAUGGACAACCGCAGAGUGUGAGGAGAUUUCAAAGUGGCACAUGGCAGAGUGUGAAGCAAUGGGAGGCCGUACAGGGACCCAGGUCACACUGUGGGACCAGCAU